AUCACUCUCAAGGACGGUGCCCCGGCCGAGCAGCUUGAAAAGGCCAAGGAUGAUGCGAAGGCUGCCGGAGGAAUCAUCAAGCAUGAGUACAGCCUCAUCAAGGGGUUCACUGUCGAGUACCCGGAUAACGCGGUGCGUUCCCUGGAAUCAAACGAUCAUAUCCACGUGGAGCAGGACGGCAUAUUGUACUCCGCGUCUUUUCUUGUGUCUGUCUAUUCACGAAGAAUCGAAUAUAUACUACUGUAUAGCAUCAUAAAUACUACUACUAGAGUACAUGAUAUCAUAUGUGAUAUUGACUAUCGCAACUUCCCGUAUUUCACCUGCCCUCGCACGCGUCUCUCCACGACGUCACCGCUGCCCAGACCCAAGUUGGCACAGCGUUCAGCUUCGACCGACGUUGCGAACGAUGAUGUUGCACGACUAGCUGCGAGCCGGCGGCGGCCGUUGACGCUUGCUGACUUGCUCAAACAUGGCCGACCGCCGUUAUCGAAGGAGGCCCUCUUGGCCUCAGCUAAUUUCACCCUAUCGCUUUUGCCUGCUCGUCUGGCGUCUCGGAUCCAGGCUCUGCGAAAUCUACCGUUUAUCGUCGUGUCGAAUCCUCACGUCUCCAAGAUUUAUAACAACUACCUGCACUCGCUCUCGACGUUGCUCCCGUAUCAGAAGCGGCAGAUCACCACGCUGGAAGAGGAGAACCAGUUUGCAGAUGUGCUGGCAGACCUAGUGCAUACACAUACCAACACCAUCCCGAUCCUCGCCCGGGGAUUCCUGGAGUGCAGGAAAUAUGUCAGCCCUGCAGACGUUACCCGAUUCCUCGAUACCCAUCUUCGUGCGCGGAUUGGAACCCGCUUAAUUGCCGAACAACACCUAGCUCUCCAUUUUGCUUCGCAGCCGGUUGGCGGCGGCAGCGGUCAAGCGUCUUCCCCCAAGGUCGUUGCCCCAUCCAACUAUAUCGGAGUCAUCGAUACGGCCCUCCAGCCUGCUCGGAUCAUUAAACUUUGCGAGGACUUUGUCGGGGAGAUCUGCGAACUCAAGUACGGCGUCCGACCCCGCGUCGUCAUUGGUGGAGAGCCAGAUGCGUCGUUCGCCCAUGUUCCUGUGCAUGUCGAAUACAUCAUCACAGAGCUGUUGAAGAAUGCUUUCCGGGCGUCUGUGGAGGCUGGCAAAGAACGCGAACCGAUCGAGGUCACCAUUGCUGCGGCACCAGACGUCCCUGCGCACCAGGUGUGGGACGUGCUCCACAGCCAGACUUCUGGGCUUGAUCCCGACACAGACGUCAAUUUUCAGAUCGACGAUACCGUCCGUGGUACGGCAGACGCGAACGAAUCUAUCCGGUACUCGACCCCGUCUUCACAGAGCAUCACGAUCCGGAUCAGGGAUCGUGGUGGCGGAAUCCCUCCCGCCGUCUUGCCGCAUAUCUGGUCGUACAGCUUCACCACCUUCUCCGACAAUGACGCACAAUCCUCGGAGAACGGUACCAUGGAUGCUCUGAACACCAUUUCGGCCAGUGGCGGCCAGUUAAGCAGCAUAGCCGGGCUGGGAUAUGGCUUGCCGCUCAGCAGAGCAUAUGCGGAAUAUUUUGGCGGAAGCAUUGCCGUUCAAAGUCUUUGGGGAUGGGGGACCGAUGUCUACUUGACUCUGCAGGGGGUGGGGAAGAUUGAAUAG